AUUAUUUUAUUUUCUUGCAAAUAUUUGACGAUGAAACGUUGAUGCUGUUCAGUUUUAGGCAAUUCUGCAUUUCGCAUAAACAACCUCCGUCUGCAUGCUCUCUCUCUCUCUCUCUCACGCACACACCCACCCACCUCACACACUAACAUCAAAUAAUAUAUGCAGAAAGAAACCGUUAUUCAGGAACCGAAAUCCUCAGAGAGAAAAAUAAUAAGGAUCAAAAUCCUCCAAAAAGGGAAAUCAAUGCACAUCUAAUUAUGAAACACUGAUAUUGGUACGGGGUUUGCAAUUAGGAUUAUCAUCAGCUGUUGUUGCGAUCUUGAGAAUUUUUUGGCGGUGCAGUUCUAUGUGCGCAUGAUUAUAAACCCAGGAGUAGGCUUGUGAUGACGAAGUUGCUUGAAUUUUGAAGACAUAGGCUGAAUUUUAUGAAAUAAUGCCGGAGAAUGCUUGCUUCUCUAGGAAAUAAUAAUAACUACAUACUAGGUCCCGUCAUGUAGUGGAAUCCAGAGGAAAAAUCAGUGUAGAAAUGGGGACAAAAGAAAAUGAUGAUGCUCAGGAAGACUGGUCUGAACCACCAUCACCAAUUGAGGUGUUGCAGCAGUUGUCCAAGGAGGCAGUUAGAAUGGCAGGUGAGGCAUGGCAUCAUGCCUAUCCAAGUAGUACUCCAAAUUUGGAGUCAGUACCAAGGCAUAGGCGUGCGCGAAGUGAAAUAGUCACUUCAAGUCAUAAUCCCAGCGGUAGCACCAGUAAUUUCCAAAGACUGAAGGGUCAUAUGCAAAGGGCUUUGCACUUGGGUGGCCGUUGUUCACGUGAUGAUAGCCAGUAUUCUUCUUUCGAUCCUGAGAUUCUGGCUAAUCAGAAAAGGCAGUGGUAUCAGCUUAACUCUAAAACACUGGGUACUGACAUAUAUCAAGAGCCAACCUCGCUUUUUGAACACUUUGUUGUUGUGGGACUCCAACCAGACACCAAGCUUGAGUUUGUUGAGGAUGCGUAUAUAAGGGGAAAGAAAUUUGAGAAACAAAUGAAAAAAAUUGAAGCAUCUGAAUUCAGUAUGCGGCCACUUCGGCCGCCCAAAUUCCCAAUGAUGGAACCUCAGGUGCUCUUCAUGUAUCCUCCUAGAAAGAAGUUGGAUUUGCAAUUACAGGAUCUCGCUGCAUUUUGCUUUCCUGCAGGUGUUAAGGCUCGCGUAUUGGAGAGAUCACCAUCAUUAAGUGAGUUAAAUGAACUUGUUUAUGGACAGGAACACUUGACCAGAGAUGAUUUCUCAUUUAUAUUUUCACUAAAGGUAGCAGGCAAUGCCACACUUUAUGGUGUUUGCUUGCAAGUUCAAGAGGUUGUUCAGAGGCCACCUGCCAUUUAUGGGUCUCUAUCACCUCUUCCUCAAUCACAUUCUGGUGGUAGUAGGUGGUUGAUUUCUGCUCCUCGUUGUUAUUGUAUCUUGACAAAGGUGCCACUGUUUGGGUUACACUAUAAGAUACUGAACAGCAUGGUUGCACAGGAUCGUCUGAAUCGGAUUACUAAGUUUGUUGAUGAAAUGGCUCUUGCUACCAGUGUUCCUUCUCAAUCUAUGCCAAAGCAGCUUUCAAAUGUGAAGCCUUCUGGUGCUGAAAGUGGCACAAACUGGAUGGCCUCUGCAAUUCCUGUUAAACAUGCCGUAACUCUUGCUGCUGCAGCAGCAGGCAUUAUCUCCGAUGAGGAGGCAUCAUCAAGGUGUCAAUAUUCUCCUAGGAGUGCUACGGCCAGUGAUGCAUCAGAUAAAAUGAGGGAUUUGGUUAAGGAUGGCAGCAAGAACUUGAAUGCUUGUGAUGAUAGUCCAUCUGAGAAUUUGGGAAACCAAUCAGAUAAUGUCCAUACUUUAGAUGCUGCCUCAGACAUCUGUCAGAAAAACCAAUCAGCAACAAGCAUUCGGAGUCUCGAAUCCUUAUUUAGUCCAGCUAGAAGUAUGGUGUCAGAUGAUGGUUCCAAUAGCCAGGUUGAAGAUCCAACCGAUGAUGUGGUAAUGGAAUGGGCAAAGGAAAAUAAGAAUGAUUUGCUACAGAUAGUUUGUGGCUAUCAUCGUCUUAAUCUUCCUGAAAGGGGAAGCAAAAUCAAUUUUCAGCCGCUGGAGCAUAUGCAGCCCAUUGAGUUUCGACGGUUUUCUGCUUCUGACCUUGGACUCUCUGAGAAGUAUCUUGAUCAUAUACUGAAAGUUUCUAAGGAAGAUUCUCAGGUCAAGGUAAAAUUAGCUAAUGCCGAGGAAGCUUCUUCACUCUCUCUAUGGUCAAUAGCUACCAUAUGUCGAGUUCUUUCUCUUGACAAUAUCCUUACCUUGAUCGCCGGUGUAUUGUUGGAGAAACAAGUUGUUUUGAUGUGCCCAAAUCUGGGUAUCCUAUCGGCUGUGGUGUUGUCCAUCAUCCCUAUGAUUCGUCCAUUUGAGUGGCAGAGUUUAUUUCUUCCAAUUCUGCCAGCGAGGAUGGUGGAUUUUCUGGAUGCUCCUGUUCCAUUCAUUGUCGGCACACAACAUAAGUUGACUGAUCUGAAACGAAGAGCUCCUAAUCUUGUUCAUAUUAAUGUACUGAAUGACCAUGUGACUUCUUGUAAUCUUCCUCGACUCCCCCGAUAUCAUUGGCUUAUUACGGAACUUAGGCCUAGCCACUCCAAGUUGUCAUGUGAAGACUCUGACUCUCCAAGGCAUCCAGUUUAUAAAUGCGAUGAAGUGCAGGCUAGAGCUGCUACUCAAUUUGUAACUGUCUUGAGGAAAUAUCUGGAAUCAAUUUGUUCGGAUUUGAGGUACCACACGAUCACGAAUGUACAAUCCAAUGAGAAGGUUUCAAUACUUCUCAAGGACAGCUAUAUUUAUUCCUUUCCAGAAAAGGACCAGCCUUUUAUGAAGUUAUUUGUAGAGACACAGCAAUUCUCCGUUCUGUCAGAUUAUAGCCUGUUGUGCAUUGAGAAUGAAUAGCCUUAAGAGUAUGGCUUGCCAGAGACACGAGACACGACUAGAAAUGGUAAUCGUGAAGGUAUGUACAACCCUCCUCUCAGAACCAUGGCUGCAGUAUUAUGAAGGAAUCAUGAACACUACAGCUAUAUCUGUGGCAGAUACUAUCAAGAGCAGCAUUCCUUGAUUGUAAAUGUGUCCGAAAUUUUUCUUGCAUUUUGAUCAGCAUGUACUCAGUCACAAACCUACUGAUUAUAGAGCCAAGUAUCAGCUUAGAUUGUCAGUUGCUUACAAUGUCACAUACUACCCUUGAUUAAAUAAUUAAACGGCAUACCUUUACUUAAUA